AGAACAGUGUGGCAUCCAGUCUGUUGGUUCAUCACCUGGGACUUGUGUGUGUCCUUGUCUGUUGUGUUCAUCAUCUGCGAUAUCUGUGCUUGUCUGUGUCCGUUGUGUCUUAUUGUGCUAUUGAUAUACAUAUGAGAGAGCAAGAUGAAAGUUGACAACCGCUACGUAUCAUUCUGACCUGCAGACAGAAGAUUCUGAGGAUGAUGUCAGUAUCCGUUGUUCAAAAAGGAGGAGAUAGAUCUCCUAGCAGAUACACUGACCAUGAAAGUUCUGAAGAGGACUGCUUUAGUAGUUCAAGAGCUAAGACAAAGGUUUCCAACAGGAACAGGGAUGUGGAGGUAAUAUCUGAAGGCCAGCGUGCAAGACCAGUUCCACCUAGACCAUCUGUACUGAGCUGUAUUGUGUCACAGCCACCACAGCCUGAAAGUCUAAAUGUAAACAGUAAUGCAGUUUCUUCUUUUGAAGUUACUUAACACUAUUAUAGCUCGAGAUGCAAGAAUUUUUAUGGCGUUGGAAGAAUUACGCACUAUACUGCAUUCCCACUCCACCAAGCUGAAUACUAUCCUCAGACACCACAGUGUGCAGGAACAAGAUCAAGCAGUACCUGAGGGUAUUCAAUUCCCAGUGAAGGAAAUCCAAGAUAUGGAUGCCCUUGAAACCAAACUGAUGGAUCCUGACCUAGAGAAAAAAGUUAUUGCCAGUCUGUGUGUAAUAGGUGGAUCAGGCCUGCCAGACACAGUGAGGCACAUUCUGCGACACACAGUGUCCAACUCCCUGGCCAUCCACUUUAAUUGGUGUGGCAAAGGAAUGAAACAGAGCUUUUGCACAAUGAAGUUGAAGGAUACUAUAAUUAAAAGUGUCUGCAAGAAUGCAGAGCACAAGAGUGCAACAGCUGCCUCAAUUGAAAAAGUAAUGAAGGAGUGGUUUUGAACAGCCAGGGAUCGAGAUGGAGGCCGUCAGAGGAGAGAUGCAAGAAGUUGUUAGAGAAGUGAUACUGCUUAGACUUGCUGGCAUUGCAUAUUUUAAAGUUUUCUCUCUCUCUCUCUCUCUCUCUCUCUCUCUCUCUCUCUCUCUCUCUCUCUCUCAUGUGUACCUUAAUGCAUCAUAAAAUACUCAGUUUACUGGUACCAUGCCAGGCUUCCAUGCCACAGUGACACCACACAUUCCAGUUUCCUUUCUCCAUGUAUCCUGAAGCUGUCAUGCCACUUCUCCAUUCACCUUGACAUGCACCUGUAUCCCUUUGAAGUGCUUCCACACCUCUUAAUGAUCUGCCUACUCCAUAUGCACACCUUAUCACAUCCCACAUAGCCCCGAGUCGGUCUAUUUACAUGCCUUCUCCCCAUUUAUAAAUACCUUUAUCUUAAUUUCUUUCUCUUUGCUGUAAUAUUUCACCAGCACAUUCAAUAGUUAAUAAAAUGUUGCAGACA